UUAAAAUUAAAAUUAAGGUUCCUACUUCUACAAUUGUACACUUUCCGUAGUAUUGUAGUACUCUUUGCUGUACACUGAAACGGAACGUCCUUUUAUUUACAAUCACUUUGACAAUUACUUUUUCUCGAAAUUCUUGUGAUAAAACACAAAUACUUAAGAAAAAAUGUCCGCUGGCGUGUCGAAGUCGCAAAUAUUGUCGCUUUACAAAAUGCUCUUGAGGGAAUCAGAAAAAUUCCCCAACUAUAAUUUCAGAUCAUAUGCACUGCGCAGAGUGAGGGAUGCAUUCAAAGAUAGCAAGAACCUGAGUGAUGCAAAAUCAAUAAAAAAGGAAUAUGAGUUUGCUAAGGAGAAUCUUGCGAUAAUCAGAAGACAGGUGCUUAUUGGAGACAUGUAUAAGACAGAGAAAUUGGUCAUUGAAAACAUGCGGUAGAUGCUCAAACUAUACACUGAGAUAUAGGACACUACAAAUGCUUUGAAAUGAAGGGGGCAAAUCGUUUUUGUUAUGUAUUUUGUAAUUUCUGCACAGGGGAUAAUCAUUGCAGCAAAUCCUUGAAGAAUGUGCUUAAAUAGUUUUUAACCAUAUUACUCCACUACAAUUUAAGCGCAUAGUGUUUCUUUAUCCCUGGAUAUUGUUUAGUUGCUAUGAUUAUUGUUGAGGCAUAGCCCACUAAUUUCAAAGUUAUUUUGUUAUUCCUAUUUGUUAAGAUGUGGGUAAUUACAAUAUUAUAAUGAAAAUAUACAGUAUGUAUGUAGUUGUAGGAAUUUAUAUGAAUACUAUCUAUAAAGGAAUGGGAGCAUUUUUUAUUUAUUGGAUUUAAGCAAUAAAAAAAGAAAAUGUUGCCAUUGAUUUAUGUUUAACUAAGUAGAGGCUACAUAUAAAAUAUAUAAGUAAAAUUCCAAGCCGUAGUAUAAAAUGUUUGAUUAUCAACAUUGAUGUUUGGAAUGGCUUUUACCAUACAAUGUAUUGAAAGAAAUGCUGUUUAGGUAUUUGGCUGUGUAUUUUCGUUUUAAUAUGAAAUACAAUAUUGUAUGUAUUAUAUUGCAUUUUGUUUAGUUGUGUAAAUUGUAUAUAAAUAAAUGAGUUGACCAAA